AUGGAUCGUCUCCCCAGUGAGAUCCUACUUGCGAUCGCAACCAAUCUUGACGCCUCAUGGGAUAUCAACGCGCUAGCUCAAGCAAACCAUCGUUUCUUCAAUACUCUAAACAACCAUCUUUAUCGACACGAUGCACUCUUCAAUGGCAUGAAUUCCCUUUGUUGGGCGGCGCAGCGCGGAGUCGUCGCAACGGCCCAAUUCUCAAUAAACGCUAGCCGGGGAAUCGAUGAUGAUGAUUGCGAGCCACUAUUCAAUCUCAAUUACGCCCUGUACGAAGCCGUCAUGAACCGGCAUAUCGACGUCAUCUCCUGCAUUAUUAAGGUGGAAGGCGCGGAUCCGAACAUCCGGAGUGAUUUCCGCCCAUUGCCCGCUAUGUGUAUAGCGGCCCGGGAAGGCUAUACGGAGAUUAUCAAAGUCCUGUUAUUGGCCAAAGAUACGCAUCCGAACCCCAAGGACUCCUUUACGCCAUCACCUCUGUCCCUAGCAGCUUACCGAGGCUUUGUCGAUAUUGUCGAGCUGUUACUAGAUGUAACGGGGAUAGACGCCGACUGUCGUGACUCGAACAACCGCACACCCCUCUUCUAUGCUGUCUUAUCAGACUCACCUUCACCUGAAGUAGUAUCGUGCUUCCUUGGUCGCAGCGACCUUACCAUCGAUGUGAAUGUUGAGGACAGGUCAGGGGAUAGGCACACCCGAAACACGGGCAGGACGCCGCUCAUUGUCGCGUCACAGUUCAAAUCCGCUGCUAUUGCCAAUCUCCUCCUAGAUGUACCGGGGAUUGAUGUCAAUCACUCCGACCAGUCAGGGAAGACCGCGUUGCAUUUUGCAGCUGAGCUUGGCAGAGAGGAUAUUGUGCGCGCUUUAUUACAGCACCACGCUGAUCCCGACCCAAAGGAUAAUGAGAACGAGACUCCCCUCUUUCUAGCGGCGAAGAAUGGAUCAGUGCCAGUUGUCAAGAUGCUCCAGGAAGCCGGCGCCGAUCCCAAUCACAUUUGCGAUAAUAGAGCACAUGCACUAGGUGCAGCCCGGACGGAGGGCCAUGGAGAAGUUGCGCAGGUUCUUCGCGACUUUGGUCGACUUGAUUUGAACUCUCUCGGUCCAGUUCCUCGGAAUUGGAAUGCUUCCCGUGGCAAGAUGUGGAUUGAAAGAGCCCAAAAGAAUUCUGACGACCUUCCAUGA